GUCCCAGGGGUGUCACCGUGCUCAGUGAUGACAGACUGGUGGUUACGUGUGAUGAUGGAUGCCGAGUGUAUUCCUUCUCCGGGGAACAUGUCCAAACAUUUGGUCAGGGUGACAUGUCUACGCCCUGGGGUGUUACAGUAGACAACAAUGGACACAUACUUGUCUGCGAUAGGACCGAUAAAUGUAUCUGUGUGUAUGACGCUGUGCAGUACAAUCUUAUCAAUAAGAUCGCUGUUCCUAUAUGUAAAGACCCACGAUACAUUGCAGUGCUCCCAUGCCGUGACACCAUUGUGGUGAGCGACUUUGAGGAACACUGUGUAUAUGGAGUUACCCCCCAGGGCGAUGUAGUGUUCCAGUAUGGUACACCAGGGAAGAUGGGCUCAGAUGAUGGAUACCUGGACUCUCCCUGGGGAGUGUGUACAGACAGCGUGGGUCACAUCUUCGUUGCUGACCAGUACAAUAACAGGGUGGUUGUUCUGACCCCAGAUGGUCAACUGUUAAGAUAUGUAGUGGGUCCACAACACGUUUCAGUACCAACGGGUGUGGCCAUUGAUAACAAAGGACAGCUUGUAGUGGGGGAGAAUGGAAGACAGUUUCAUCUGUCAGAUAUGAAUACACCACACGUCUUGUUGCUGUUUGGUAGACGGAUUGAGAGUAAAUCUUCCAGCAAAGCCACAAUGUACAAAGAGGCACGGCACUCCGAAUCACCGCCAUCUUCCAGUGAGCGCUUGUCACAUCCAGAUUUGUAUGGCAAUACACAAGAGCACGUGACCUCAAUCGAGCUCAGCCUUCUGGGAANCUCUGGGUAA